AUGGAACAUUAUUCUGCCAGAAAAUGCCAUUUCAUUGAAAUCAAAAUGUUCCACGGGAACAUGUUGAUUAUGAUGAGAUUGAAACCUGUCUAUUUCCCAGCCAGCCUUCCUGGUCCAUCAGCAGCCUGCCUGUCUUCUAGGCACACAGGGUGCCAAGGAGCUGGCACCUUGGACCCCAAGUUCUCUGGCUCCUCGGCAAAAUUUCCUGCAGGACAGAAAUUCCACUUUCUGCCCAACUCUAAGACUAGCCCAUGGAAUCGACCCUUCUCAAUUUCCAUUCCUGAUCUAAGAUUAAGAAAAUCCCAGUCAUUUCCAGCAAUGGGUUUCUCAGUUCCCUGGACAGCAGCCAUUCAGAUGAUGGUGCUAGCGCUGGCCCUCCAUUUCACUGCAGGUAACAGCCAUGAACCAUUGAUUGUCCUGGACAAUUAUGAGGACAAUGGGAUCAGAGUCACCUGUUUUUCUGAGACGAAGUUUUCUGAUGUGCAAUUGUUCUGGACAGACAGUAAAGGACACAAUCUUACUGGAAGUCCAAUCACCCCAACCUCCGACACAGAUGAGGCUCGUGCCAAAAGUUCGAUCCUUCUGAAAUCAGGAUCUGACAAUGCCAUCUCCUGCAACGUAAUUGAUAACGUGCUAAAGACCUCAAACGAAUCUACAGUUGUAAUUGCAGAUGUUUUCUUCCCUGCCACCUCCCCAUGGAUGACGGCCUUCAUUGUGAUAUUGCUGAUUAGCAUAGCCCUGGUUAGCGCUGCGAUUUAUAAGCUGAAAAAAAAUAAUGAAACAACUGCUCUGGCUGGCCAUAUUCCUACUACACCUUCCAUUGAUGCAGAGAUGGAGCUCAUGAUGGACUUUAUAUUUGCUGACCGGAGCACCCCUCCCUCAUAG